CCCCAUCAAUAAGUGGACGAUUCUAAACACUUGUCAUCUGAUUUGUGGAACGUUUGCGAAGGGAAGCGGAGUCACUUGUGCUAAGUAUGUUUCUUUUCUCUUGCUGGUGAUGUGUGUGGGCUUAUCGCUUAACAUUUUUAGUACUAUAUUAGAGCAGUGCUUUGUAUCUGACAACUAUGUGUGCAGAUUUUGUAAAUGUUACUAUGGAUAUGGUAAACAAUGGAACAUUUUACACAACAGAACUAUAUUUGUCUAGUACAGUACCUCCACCAACCGGUAUCUACUCUGAAAUUUGGUUGAACACUCUCAUAGUUUCUAUGGUCAUUCUCAUGACUGUAAGCAUUGUAGGAAACACAAUGAUUAUUGUGGCAACCAUUUUAUACAAGUCAAUGCGGACAAAAACAAACAUUGCUAUAUUAAACCUUGCAGUCGCAGACAUCGGUGUUACGGUACUUGACAUGCCUGUGUCGUUAAUAUCUGUGAUUAAACAUGGAGAGAAUUGGUUAACGUCCCAUCUAUUAUGUGAUAUAAACUCCUUCUGUAAUGCAUUGUUCCUAAUUGCAUCCAUUCACAGCCUCAUGUACAUCAGCGUGCAUAAAUACUUUUCUCUUGUAAAACCACUAGAUCAUGCAAUUACAAAGAGACGAACAAUAGCUAUGAUAUUCGUUGCAUGGUUCACAGGGUUCAUCUGUGGAAUUGGCCCAAUUUUGGGAUGGACGACCAAUGAAUUUAAAUAUGAACAAGGCGCAACGCAAUGUGGACCAAUGUUCCCAAUGACACUACAGCAAAAGUCACACUCGAUUUUCACAUUCGUUGUAGGGCUUUUCAUCCCGUUAGCAGUGCUAAUCUUUACAUACACAGCAAUAUUUAUUGAAGUGCAUCGUUUCUCCAAACGACUUAUCGCAAAUACAAGUUUCACUGAAAUCAGAAUUAUGAAACAGAAAAUACGCAUCACAGUGACUUUGUUUAUCCUUGUUGUGGCGUUUUUAUUCUGCUGGUCGCCGUACAUGAUAUACGCUUGCUGGGUGCUUGUCAAAGGUUAUGAGAGCGUUCCAAUUUGGUUUAAUUCAUUUGCAUACUGGAGUGGAUACCUUAGCUGCGCCAUUAAUCCAAUUAUCUAUGCGUGGCGAACAAAGACAUUUCGUACAGCUUUCUUGAAUAUCAUACAGUGCAAGUCUAAGAUGGAUAAAAUUACAGCUGAGUUGUCUCCUCACUUGCCCAAGAAGUACCUUGUAGUAGGAGCAAUGGUGACUGGACCUGCAAUCAAUGAUUACCAACAAAGUCCAAGAGACACGAGUGAGGAGCACAUGACAGCAUCAAAGAACACAAAGAGUGCAUCAGAAUCAGGACAUAUGCUCUCCAGGAUCAAGAGCUCCAUCAAAAAGAUGUCAGAGAAAGAAGACAGAAAGAUGUCCAAGAAAGAAGACAGAAAGAUGUCCAAGAAAGAAAACAGAAAGUUGCCCAAGAAAGAAGACAGAAAGAUUUCCCAAGAAGACUGGUGGGGAGUAUUUUCCAACAGCAAUGAACCGCACAAGGAUGACCUCCAGAUGAGUCUUCUGAAGACUGAAAAAGGCGGGAAUAAAAGCCUUCGCAGUGUGUUCUCCUGUCCAGGCACGUCAAGUGUAAUGUCAUUCAAUGUACUUGAUGUGCAAAGACAAUUCAGUGUUUAAUACUCUGUUGUCCUUUAUGUUGUUGACAAAAAUACUGUAUGCCUAGUUCAGUAUUAUUUAAAGGACUUUUCGGAGUGUCAAUCAAAUUUAACAAUUGACCAGUCAGAACACAGCCAGGAAUAUGCACUUUUCCCACAAACAUACCUGUCGUGUCGCAAACGCUCGUACUUACAUGUCUUGGACCUCAGCAACGAUAUCCAAAAUUACUUUGAGGAACCUAGUCUAACAAUUGCUCCACUAUGUGCGAGCAUAUAAGUCAGUUGUGUGAAAGAGAGUGCCUGGGGGUUAGAUUUGUGCCUAUACUGUUAGGUCUGUAUGGUCUAACGGUAUGACGCACGCUUUGAUAGCAAAAGGCUUCAGGUGCGAAUGCCGCUACACACACUUUUUUCAUAUGACUGAAAAAGGGACUUGAAGGGCUAUGCUUGAUACAAAGAUAACAUCUUAUAUUCCUAUCUAAGCACUGUUAUUAUUAUUUAUCUAUUUAUUAUACAGUAUAUAUAUAUCUAUAUAUAUAUAUAUUUAUAGUUAUGAUCUAUUAAUCUAUAUAAAAAUAUCAAAUCAUUCAGGGGUGAAAUCCUCUUCUUGUGUUAGAGGCCUCAAACAGACUGGCCUCAAUGAUGAGAGUAAAAAUUAGAAAAUAUUUAAAUCACAUUAACAACUGACAAACAUAAUGACAGCUUGCGCUGGGUUUUGAUGCACAUGUUUAGACAAUACCCUGGGACCUCAGCUUUGACCAAUAUUUCACAAGUGGUGACAUUAGAAUCCAACUGUGUAGAGAAAGUUGACUUCGUUUGGGCGUUCGUCUUUGGAUAUACGUGUGUAUGUAAAUAUUGGUAAAAACUGAUGAAGUAAUGAUUCUUUUUGGCAAACAGACAUUGCCAUUUUGUGAUAUAGGGACAGUGAUGCACCUCAUAGGAAAAGGGUACUUGAUUCCCGCACCCCAUGUUGCUAAAUGCAAUUAUAUGCAAUAUUUUGAAUAAUUUGCAGUAGUAGUAAGUGAUUAUAAGAAUGUUUUAGCCAUAAAUUUAAAUAGGCCUAUGAUUUAAAGCAAUGUAUUGAAAUUUUGUAUAUAACAACUGCGCAGCUGUAACUAUAUAUUUGCCAAAGACACACAGUAUUACACAUACAGUGGUGUAUAUUAUUUUUCGUGGAUUGAUCUUCAAUAAAUUAAAUGCCUCAUAAUGAGCAGACUAUUA